UAUACAAAAGAAAUUCAGUUGAGUGGUGUAUGAGUCAAAAAAAUCAAUGGAGUGUAGAAAAGAAAGCACUGUUUGUUAAAUUCACAGUUGGCUUUCUCUAAAGCAUAGAUUGUUUCUAUCGAUCAGUCUUCUGUUUGCAAUUGGAGAAAGAAAGAAAGAUUCAUUGUUGUAUUUCAAGCAAUUGGCUAAACGUUUCCAAAACCAGAGAACAUGGAUUCUGAUUCAACUACUGCUGAUUGCUGAAUUGAGAAAGGGAAAGAUUCUCUGUGUACCAGUAGCGAGGCUUCUGCUUGCAAUUGGAGAUAGAAAGAUCCAUAAAGUAGUGCAUUUCAUAUCGAUCACUUUUUCAACUUUUAUGUUCUUGUAGAACAUAUGCUGGACGCUGCUGAUUUGAGAAGGGAGAAGAUUCUUUGUUGUGUACCAGAAGCGAGAUGGAGGGUUGCAUAACUGAUGUUAGGAAGACUCUUGUGGAGAAAUUGUUAAACAAGGCAAUAGAAAAAUCACGCUAUUUAUUUUGCUUCACAUGCAUUGUUAAAGAAUUGAAUGAAGAAAAGAAUAAGUUGGAAGCAGAAAGAGCAACUAUGAGGCAACAUUUUAAAGUGGCAACCGAAAAAGGUAAAGAUAUUCAAUCUAAUGCUGAAUUUUGGGAAAAACAGGCUGACAAGCUCAUUCAAGAGAAGAUUGAGACAAAACAGAGAUAUUGUUUUGGAUUUUUCCCUGAUUGUAUUUGGAGAUAUAAAAGGGGAGAGGAGUUGGCAACCAAGACAAAAGAGAUUAAAAAUCUAAUGGAAAAGGGAGAAAAAUUUGAAAAUAUUGAAAUCACUCGUUGUCUACCCGGUGCUGAGCGAUAUUCUUCUCAGUAUUACAUUUCAUUUAAAAGCAGAGAGUUGAAAUACGUAGAGCUUUUGGAUGCAAUAAAAGAUGACAGUAACUAUAUGGUUGGAUUGCAUGGGAUGGGGGGUGCUGGAAAAACUACAUUGGCAAAAGAAGUAGGUAAACAACUUAGGACAUUGGAGCAUUUCAAAUAUGUUAUCGAUACGACAGUGUCAUUUAAUCUUGAGAUAAAAAAGAUUCAAAAUGAUAUUGCCGGAUCCUUAGGAUUGGAAUGGGGAGACAUAAAUGAAUCGGAUCGACCUAAAAGGUUGUGGAGCAGAUUAACAGAUGGUGAUAAAAUUCUUGUGAUCUUGGAUGAUGUGUGGGAAAAUCUCAAUUUUGAUGACAUAGGGCUUCCAAAUAGUGAUAAUCAUAAAGGAUGCAAAGUUCUUGUAACCACACGCGAAUUGAGGGUAUGCGAACAAAUGGGAUGUGGAAAGACAAUUCAACUGGAGCUCUUAACUGAAGAAGAAGCAUUGAUCAUGUUCAAAAUGUAUGCCGAUCUAAGCAAUAUUUCCUCCAAAAGUAUUCUCGGUAAGGUACAUGAAAUCACAACUUUAUGCAAAAGAUUACCAGUUGCAAUUGCUAUUAUUGCCAGAAGUUUGAAGGGAAAAAAAAGUCGUGAAGAGUGGGAUGUUGCCUUGAAUUGCUUAAAGAAGCCUGUGUCCAUGGGCAAUGUUGAAGAAGAUUUGGUUGACGUUUUAAAAUGUUUGAAGUUUAGCUAUGAUAAUCUGAAGGAUGAAAAAGCAAAGAGAUUGUUCCUCUUAUGUUCUGCAUUCCCUGAAGAUGAAGAGAUUUCUGUUGAACUUCUAACUAGGCUUGGUAUAGGAGUCAACCUUUUUGGGGAAGGUUAUGACAAAUACAAUGAUGCUCGAAGUCAAGCAAUUGCAGCAAAAAAUAAACUCCUACAUUCAUGUUUACUGUUGGAAACAAAGAAAGGAGAUGUGAAGAUGCAUGACUUGGUUCGGGAAGUAGCCCAUUGGAUAGCUAACGAAGAGAUUCUAGUAGUAAAUUCAUUUGAAAAAAAUCAAAAGUCAUUGGUUGAUAGGAGUAAGAAUAUCAAAUAUUUGUUCUUCCAAGGAAAUCUAAUGGAUUUAUAUUCCUCUGGGUUUGAUGGCUCUAAGCUUGAGAUUCUAAUUGCAAACACGUCCAUGGAUGAUUCUGAGGAUGUCCCCACUUCACUCUUUGAAAAUAUGGUAGGGCUUCGAAUUUUGAAACUAUCAAAUACCCACCUAUCAUUACCAAAAUCAAUUCAGUUAUUGAUCAACAUUCGUUCUCUAUCAGUUGAAAAUGUUUGUUUGGGUGACAUCUCUGUUUUGGGAACCCUGCAAAGUCUUGAAUCUCUUGAAUUGCUUUAUUGUAAAAUUGAUGAAUUUUCCCCUGAAAUUGCAAUGUUGAAGAAACUUAGACUGUUGGACUUGACAGAUUGUGGAAUUAUAAGCAAUAAUCCAUUUGAAGUUAUCCAGAGAUGCCCAUCAUUGGAAGAAUUGUACUUCUGUCACAGUUUCAAUGAUUUUUGUCAGGAAAUAACCUUACCUACAUUGGAAAGGUAUUUUCUCAUGGAUAAUUAUGAUAAUUGGAAUUGGCCAAAAACAAAAGGUGUGGCUUUAAAAAGAAAUCAUUUAUCAGAAGCAACAUAUAAGUAUGUGAUGAAAACAUCAGAUUAUCUUCAUCUGAUAAGAAUUCAGGGAUGGAUAAAUCUCAUGCCAGAGAUUGUUCCUAUAGAUGAAGGUAUGAAUGAUCUAAUUGAGCUUUGUUUGGGAGAAAUUUCACAACUACAGUGCCUUGUAGACACUAAACAUAUUAAUUCUCAAGUACCAAUUGUUUUCUCCAAGUUGGUUGUACUAAAGCUUAAGAGAAUGGAAGCUUUGGAAGAAUUAUGCAAUGGUCCCAUCUCCUUUGACUCAAUGAACAAUUUAGAGGAGCUAUAUGUGAACGAGUGUAAAAAUUUGCAAAGCUUGUUUAAAUGCAGCCUAAAUCUCAGCAAUCUAAAGACCGUGACACUAAUAUCAUGCUCAAGAUUGGUUUCUGUUUUUGAACUGUCCACUUCUCAAAGCUUGCCGCUGUUGGAGGAAUUGGAAAUAAUUGAUUGUGAGAAAUUGGAAAACAUAAUCACAAUUGAAGAACUAGCAGAUGGUUAUAAUGAUAACAAGAGUUGCUACUCAUUGUUUCCAAAGUUGAAAGUUCUUUAUAUUGAGAGAUGUCACCAAUUACAAUUUAUACUUCCAAUUCUCUCUGCUCAAGACCUUCUGUCCUUAGAAUUUAUUGAAAUUUGUUGUUGUCAUAAGCUGAAACACAUAUUUUGCCAGCACCAAGAUGUCAAUCUCCCUUCACUAAAAACGGUGAAGAUUGAAGAUUUGCCAAAUUUCAUUGACAUAUUUCCACCCAAAGCUUCAUCCAAUUCCAAAGAUGGUUCUAAGCCACAAACACAACUGGACCCUAUCAAAAGCAAUACAUUCUCUAUGUGUUGUUAUAGAUACAAAGCGAGGAGUACGAAAAUCCCAUUGGUUUUUGAGGAUCAACCGCAAGAGUGCUCAAUCUCAUUGGAAUCAAAUUCAUAUUGCCUUGACAUAUUGAACAGUGCUCAAUAUCUUGAAGAGAUUAAAAUCUCUAAUGUUCCGAAGAUGAAAUCUGUAUUUAUCGUAUCUAGUGCUUUAAGAAUGUUGGAAACCUUCACAAUUGAGAAAUGUGAUGAAUUGAAGCAAAUAAUAAUAGACACUGGACAUAUAAACAGCACUGGUGGCAAUAAACUUGCUAAUGUCUUCCCACAAUUGAAAUGUCUCUUCAUUCAAAAUUGUCUCCAAUUGGAAUACAUAUUUGGAUGCCCGCAGGUAGCUAGUAGUGGUGAUUUCAUCAAGGAAUUGAGUCGCAAUGAAGAAAACGGACAACAAAUGAACUUAAGUUUGGAAGACAUUAAGUUGGUUAAUCUGCCUAUGAUGAGGUGUCUUUUUGUGGGUUUCAAAUAUUCAUUUGUUCUCAAAAACCUUAAAAAGAUGAAAAUCUUUCGAUGUGAAAAAUUGGAAUCUGUUUUCUCCACAUCUGUUUUAAGAUGCCUACCACAAUUGGUUAAACUAGAAGUAGAAGAAUGCAAAGAGUUGAAGCAUAUCAUUGAAGACGAUUUGGAAAGUAAAAGUUUUCAGUCUUCAAACACAUGCUUUCCAAAGCUAGAAACAUUGAUUGUAACAGAAUGUGACAAGUUGAAAUAUGUCUUUCCAGUCUCCAUUUGUAAAGAGCUUCCUGAGCUAAAGGUUAUGAUAAUAAGAGAAGCAAAUGAGUUAGAAGAAAUAUUCAAAAGUGAUAAAAAAGAUGAGAUUGGAGAAAUAUCCAAAAGUGAUGUUGAGAUUCCAAAUCUGGAACGUAUAGCAUUUGUCAACCUACCAAGCCUCUGCCAUGCCCAGAGAGUUCAUUUUCAAACAAUUAAAUAUGGUUUUGUACUACGUUGUGAAAAAUUCUCUCUAACAUCAGAAACAUCCCACGACACCUUCCACGAUGACAGUUUCAGCAUAGGCAACAAUGGUGGUGAUGAAAAUCCAAGUGCAGAAACAACUAAAGAUUUUGCUGCUGGGAGUGAAAUUCAAGAAGCAUCGGAACACCAGUUGACUUCUCCACAGCAGGAAGGUUCUACAUCAGAAAUAACAGAAGCAGCAACUGUGCCCACCAUUACAGAAACAAAGAAUAAGCCACCUACACAAGUAGUUGUUCUUAAACAAAAGGGUAUCCAUAUAAAUGCUGAAGAAGGAAAUAUAUCAGCCAAUGCCAAGAAAAUAACAUCGUCAACUCAUUUCGAUGCAGUAGGUUCAUCAUCAAGCCAGUUAGUUACUUCUGAGUGUAAAACAUCUUCACAGGAUGAUGGUGAUAGCCAAAUAGAAAUGACUUCUUUUUCCAUUUGCACUUCAGAGACCAAUGACCAAGGUUCUCUAAAUCAUGAUUCUUUCAAGAAAGUAAGCUUAAAUAUUGAGGAACAACUUCCUAAGGAACAAUUUCCCUACAUCACAUUUCCUGUUUUAUAUCAAUUUUUUCCGGUGCCUUGUGAAGAAGAAUUAUUCAGAGGCCACAAUGCUGGUGAUGAAAAUCCAAGUGCAGAAACCACAAAAGAUUUUGCUGCUGGGAGUGAAGAUCAAGAAGCAUCAGAACACAAGUUAACUUGUCCACAGGAGUUAAUGACUGAACAAUUAAUGGAUCGACAGUGCUUGAUGAACCAACAACAGACACUUGCGGAAACUGAUAUUACCAUCAAACCUUCUCAGGAAGAAAAUCUGGAGGGCCCUACAUCAGAAAUAACAGCAGCAGCAACUGUGGCCACCAUUACACAUGAAGUUGUUCCUAAACAAAAGGGUAUCGAGAUAAACGUUGAAGAAGGAAAUACAUCAGCUAAUGCCAAGAAAAUAACAUCGUCAACUCAGUUAGAUGUAGCAGGUUCAUCAUCAGGCCAGUUAGUUACUUCUGAGUGUAAAACAUCUUCACAGGAAGAUGGUGAUAGCCAAAUAGAAAUGACUUCUUUUUCCGUUUCCACUACAGAGACCAAUGACCAAGGUUCUCUAAAUCAUGAUUCUUUCAAGAAAGUAAGCUCAAAUAUUGAGGAACAAUUUUCUAAGGAUGAUGAUAUAAUAGUUUCCAAAUCUAAACCCUCUCCUAGCAUCACAUCUUCUGUUGUAUAUCAAUUUCCUCCGGUGCCUUGUAAAGAGGACCCUUCUCUAAAAGUAGAAGAUUUAAGUUAUUUGCUUGUCAAAAGUGAGCUUGAGCAACUAAUCUCCAAGAAUCAUUUGGAUUGCGGAAAUUUGUCUUUGUUGACUGAUUUCUUUGUUAAGCAUCCUUCUGUCCGUUUAAAAGACACUUCACUUAGUAAUAGAUACAAGGGUUGUGCCUACAAUUUACUAGCUGAACUAUUGAAAUUCCUCAAAACCCAUAGUAUAUUGGAAGGAUUGGGGUCAUGCCACUCUGAAUUUGUGGAGUUAUUACAAGAUGCGCACAGCUUUGGUUUUGAUAAGGAUUGGUUGGAUGGUGUCGAAAGGCGGGCUUUGUUCCCUGAUAUACAAGUAUCACAAGAUGCCUUGCAGAAAUUAUUGGAUUCCAAGCAACAGGUUACCAAGGAUGUUGAAGUGUUGCGUUUGAAAAUAGGCAUUUUAAGUCAACAUGUGGAAGAACUUAAUCAACAAUUGACAUCCUCUGAAGCUUUCUUGGAGAGUAUCAUUCAACAAGAGGUGGUUUUAAGGGCCCCUAUUGGCUAUUAGAUUAUAUAUUUUUUCACUUGUAUUCUAGAUUCUUUAAAUAGGACUAAAUUAGGAUUUGUUGAAUUUAGAUUUUGUUGAUGUUGAUCACUUUAGGGUUCUCUUUUCCUUGUGAUUUGGUGGAUUGCUCUGCACUCUUUUUCCCUUACUUAGGUUUUAUCUCACUGGGUUUUUCUGAGAUACGGUUUUUAAUGAGGCAGAAGUUGAGUACCCUUUAGCAUUUUAAUUGACUUGAGUUUUGGUCUAGUUUCCCCAAGUGUUUAUGUAUCUUUCAUUUCUUUUUUGAAUUAUAUUUUCUGAACCGUUUAUUAAAGAAUUACAUGAACCAAGGUAAUUUGUAGGUGUAA